UCUCCGUGUGUUGAAACUCAGAGACAGACAGCAAACAGAGCUUGUGGAGAUUUGCAGAGAGCUAACAGGAAAUACCAAUUCUCUUCUAAGUGCUGCAACUGAAAACAUCAGAAAAUGUGUAAAGGAUUAGCUGCAUUGCCUCAAACCUGCAUUGAAAGGGCUAAAGAGAUCAAGUCAAAGUUGGGAGUUUUACUCCAGAAGCCUGAAAAUGGCAUCGACCUCAUCAUACCAUACCCGGAGAAGGUUGACAAGAAGCCGGAGAAGCUGCAAAAGCCUACUCCUGAGGAGGCUGCUCAGUGGCGUGAGAGUCUGGAACGAGUCCUGAACAACAGCUAUGGUCUGGCUGCUUUCCGCAGCUUCCUUCAGUCUGAGUUCAGUGAUGAGAACAUCGAGUUCUGGGUGGCCUGUGAGGACUUCAAGAAGACCAAGAAUCCCGUUAAGAUGGCUGCCAAGGCCAAAAAGAUCUAUGAGGAUUUCAUCCAGUCAGAGGGACCCAGAGAGGUAAACAUUGACCACUUCACCAAGGAUGUGACCCUGAGGAACCUGGUGGCCCUCUCAUCUUCCACCUUUGAUCUGGCCCAGAAGAGGAUUUACGCCCUGAUGGAGAAAGACUCCUUCGGUCGUUUUCUCCGUUCUGAGCAGUACCAGGAGCUUCUGGUCAACUAAGCUAAUGCAGGAGUCCAGGGAUAUGGGAAUGUUUCAAUCAGCAGUUUAUAUGUAGCAAUGAAACAACAUUUACUAAUUUGGCUAAAGCAAAAGUCAAUAAAACAACCCUGCAACUCCAAAAAAUUAGGUUUGAAAAUUCGGCUCCAAAUUUAAAUAAAAUGAGAAACUGCAUCCUGAAACAGACCGAUCUCCCUACAUGUCAGAUUAUCCUGAAAUUCUAUCUCAAGUAGGACCUCUGAGAACAUUGAUUUGGCGUUUUACUUUUAAAGGUCCACCAGAUACAUUUCCUUAAUAAUCAAAGUAAGUGAAAUUGAAAAGGCUUAAAUGUAGGAAUGUUUCACAUUUCAGCUACAGUCAGCUCCUUCACCUUGAGGUUUUGCCAUUUAAAAAGUUACAUCAAUGAGCAAAACCUAAAGGACAGUUUUGCAUUAAAAAAAAUAAUCUCUGAAUACUUUCUAACUCAGAUGAGAAAGGAAAAAAAUCUUGGCAUUUUUAACUUUUAGAAAGAAUGUUACACGUCUAAUAACCUUAUCUCCUUUUAGUGUUUUCUCUCAAUCACCGUAUAUUGUUAUUAUUGUUUUGGGGACUGUCAUGCCAAGUAGAACACCUAUAAAUUACAUUUCAAUUAUGUGUGUGUAGCUGGGCCUGUUAAGUGUUGUAAUGCAGGCAGUCAAACAAUAUAUGUUUCAAUAUUGAUGUGACCUUUCAGAUGUGUUAACACCAGAAAUUAAUUCAUUAUCCCAGAGUAAAAUUAUUUCGAAGACUGUAUGAUUUCUAUAUUAAUGAUUUUUGUUAGCAAACAUCAACAUCACAUCAACAAAACCUGACACUAAACCUACUGGGAGACAGAUGAAACAUUAACAAAGACUUGAGGUUGUUAGUUGGUUUUAUUUUGGGACAUAAGUAAUGAAUUAACACAAUUUAACAAAAAUUAUGAUAAAUACUACAUGCAAGAAAAAUCCAAAGACUAUCAUUAUAAAUUAUUGCCAGUUUUAAUCAUCUCUAUGGGACAAAGACAUUAAAUGUUCUAAAGCUGAAUGUAAGUCUGAAUGUCGCUUUUGUGGUUUUAGCAAGAAUCCCUAUUAAACCCAUAUUUGAUCGCUUUUUCACAGCCUGGAAGAGACUUAACUCAUUGUUCUAGAAGAGACGCAUAAGGGAAGCUGUUAAAAAGUCAAGGGCAGAGACAUUUCAAAUCUUUUGUCAUUUUGAUAAGUCACUAUAAGAAUGAUGUUGUUUUAGUGCAUAAGUAGUGAUUUCCACAUACAUGUUUCUGCUUUUCCACGUCACUAUUUCACAUUCCCACUAAUAGCACAUUUGGGGUAUUACCAAACCCACCUUUUGGUUGUAAUUCCUCCUGUGGGAGCAAAUCUUGAGAACAGUGCUGACUAGUUGGCUCAGUGGUGUAGCUCUUUGGUUGCCGCUAAAAUGCAAGUUGCUAAGAUGGGAAAACCAAGUAGGAGGGAAUCUCAGAUAAAAAAAAACAGUAAACAGAGCUGUGGGUUUUGUACGAAGAAAGCUCUUUUUAUUUUCCCAUGUGAUAAUAUCAAAGUUGUAUUAUAAGUAUGUAAGCCGGGUCCCUAAAGAGUUCCAGUUGCUAGAAACACGGGAGAAGAAACUUAUAGUAUGCAGCACUUGACUAUGCUAUGAUGUGCAGACAAAUAUCUAGCUCUUGUUUCCAAUUAUCAAAUCAAAUUUAUUACAAACCUACAAGUUAUAGGUUUAUAUGAAAAAAUAUUAGAAGACAUAAAACAGAUACAAAACUUACAUAUAGUUUUCAUGUUAUUUCCACAAUUAUCUCAUCAUAUAGCAUUUACAACCACAGUUAUUCAUCAAUUUUAUAAGCUACAAAAAAACACAAAUCCCCCAGGUACACUUGGUCAAGACAAACGGAAGUGAUGGAGAGGUUGUUGUUGUUAGAGUGCAAUGUUUGAGUGAUCAAUAAUUUGCUUUUAGAUGAAUAUAGUUAAAUGUAGCAAUUAUAAAGCAUGAUUCUAUUUACUCUUUUUUUCCUUGUACAUUUAGAAAAGCAUUAUGUUUUAACCGGCACAGAAAAAUCUAUUUAUUCAGCAUUUUAAAACUCUUGUUAACACAUAAAUAUAGCACCCUGAGUUCAGAUGUGAUACUUUCACAAGUUUUCAGCUGUUUCGUUGAGUUCAAAGAUGAAUUCCUUCAAACUGCACCAGAUGCAGAGUACAAAAAGGCUUCAUUUAUUUUACUUUGGAGAGAAUUAACAGGGUCUACAGCGGCACAGAUUAACCAGUCUGGCGUCACAACCCUAAUUCUUCAAGUUGAAAAAUCACCAUAUCUAACGUCAAGUGUAAAACGUAAUAAGGGCUUUAACAGUGCUGAAUAUGUUAUUGCAUGUAGUCUUGCAUGUAUGUUUUGUAGUGGAUCACAUAAAAUAUAUAUAUAUGCAUACAAUUUUUGAAGAUGUAUUUAUUUAUAUUUGUAAAUACCCAUUAAGUUAUUCGAAAAACAA